AUGCCCGCGGCCCGGCCGCCCGCCGCGGGACUCGGCGGGACCUCGCUGCUCCUCGCCCUGCUCCUGGGGAGCCCCGCGGCAGCUCUGGCAGGAGAUGCAUCCCAGGAAGCAGACAUUGGCCCUUCGGGUGCUUCCCUUCUACCCUCCAGAGCUCUGGGGAGCAGCAGUCUGAACAAAGAGAGCCUUGAAGAGAGAGUGACUAUGGCCCCUAUGAAUCCAGUGCAGUCAGGGGAAGAUCUUCGAAAGCCAGGGCUGGAAGGGGAAGCCCCCUCGGCCGCCCUCUCCACGCGGCUGCCGGAGGAGACCGCCACCAAGCGCACCCUCCCCUCCGGGAAGAAGCUGCCUUCACUCAAGCAGGUGAACUCAGCCAGGAAACAGCUGCGGCCCAAAGUCACCUCCACGGCAGCGGUUCAGAGGACAGUGUCCUCCCCUGCCUCCUUGGGCCUGGGCCUCCUCUCCUCCUCUGCCACUGAGAAGCCCCGCCCCCCGGGAGACUCUGAGCCCGCUGCCUCCGAGGAGCCCCUCUGGCUGGACCAGAAAGCAGGUGCGGUCCCCACGACGCCCGCACCCCUGCAGAUCUCCCCCUUCACCUCGCAGUCCUAUGUGGCCCACACGCUCCCCCAGAGGCCAGACCCUGGGGAGUCUGCGGCACCUGAUGAUGCCCCCGAGGCUCCCCCUGAAGAUGCCAGUCCCAUAACCUUGAUGGACAAAGGUGAGAACGAACUGACCGGGUCAGCCUCAGAGGAGAGCCAGGAGACCACGACAUCCACCAUCAUCACCACCACGGUCAUCACAACUGAGCAGGCCCCUGCUCCCUGCAGUGUGAGCUUCUCCGAUCCCGAAGGGUACAUUGACUCCAGUGACUAUCCACCAUUGCCCCUCAGCGGCUUCCUGGAGUGUACGUACAACGUGACGGUCUACACUGGCUACGGUGUGGAGCUCCAGGUGAAGAGCGUGAACCUGUCUGACGGUGAGCUGCUCUCCAUCCGCGGGGUGGACGGUCCUACCUUGACUGUCCUGGCCAACCAGACUCUCCUGGUAGAGGGACAGGUUAUCCGAAGUCCCACCAACACCAUCUCUGUCUACUUCCGGACCUUCCAGGAUGAUGUCCUUGGAACCUUCCAGCUGCACUAUCAGGCCUUCAUGCUGAGCUGCAAUUUUCCUCGCCGGCCCAACUUCGGGGAUGUCACGGUGAUGGACCUGCACCCGGGUGGGGCGGCCCACUUCCACUGCCACCUGGGCUAUGAGCUCCAGGGCGCCAAGACGCUGACUUGCAUGAAUGCCUCCAAGCCCCACUGGAGCAGCCAGGAGCCCAUCUGUUCAGCCCCUUGUGGAGGGGCUGUACACAAUGCCACCAUUGGCCGGGUCCUCUCCCCAAGUUACCCAGGAAACACCAAUGGGAGCCAGUUCUGCGUGUGGACAAUUGAAGCUCCAGAGGGCCAGAAGCUACACCUGCACUUCGAGAGGCUGUCAUUGCAUGAGAAGGACAGGAUGUUGGUCUACAGUGGCCUGAUCAACAAGUCUUCUCUUCUCUAUGACUCCCUCCAAACUGAGAACGUCCCCUUUGAGGGUCUGCUGAGUGAGGGCAACAGCAUCCGCAUUGAGUUCACAUCUGACCAGGCGCGAGCAGCCUCAGCCUUCAACAUCCGGUUCGAGGCCUUUGAGAAAGGCCACUGUUAUGAGCCUUACAUUCAAAAUGGGAAUUUCACCACAUCCGACCCGACCUACAACAUCGGGACCAUAGUGGAGUUCACGUGCGACCCUGGCCACUCUCUGGAGCAAGGUCCAGCCAUUAUUGAGUGCAUCAAUGUGCGGGACCCAUACUGGAAUGACACAGAGCCCUUGUGCAGAGCCAUGUGUGGUGGGGAGCUCUCUGCCGUGGCCGGGGUGGUGCUAUCCCCAAACUGGCCAGAGCCAUAUGUGGAAGGUGAAGAUUGUAUCUGGAAGAUUCACGUAGGGGAGGAGAAACGGAUCUUCUUAGAUAUCCAGUUCCUGAACCUGAGCAACAGUGACAUCCUGACUAUCUAUGAUGGCGAUGAGGUCAUGCCUCACAUCUUGGGGCAGUAUCUUGGGAACAGUGGUCCCCAGAAGCUGUACUCAUCCACACCGGACUUAACUAUCCAGUUCCACUCGGACCCCGCUGGCCUCAUCUUUGGGAAGGGCCAGGGAUUUAUCAUGAACUACAUAGAGGUGUCAAGGAAUGAUUCCUGCUCAGACUUGCCAGAGAUCCAGAACGGCUGGAAAACCACUUCUCAUACAGAGCUUGUGAGAGGAGCCAGAAUCACCUACCAGUGUGACCCAGGCUAUGACAUAGUGGGGAGUGACACCCUCACCUGCCAGUGGGACCUCAGCUGGAGCAGCGACCCCCCAUUUUGUGAGAAAAUUAUGUACUGCACUGACCCUGGGGAAGUGGACCACUCGACCCGCUUAAUUUCAGACCCUGUGCUGCUGGUGGGCACCACCAUCCAAUACACAUGCAAUCCAGGCUUUGUGCUGGAAGGGAGCUCUCUUCUGACCUGCUACAGCCGCGAGACUGGCACACCCAUCUGGACGUCCCGCCUGCCCCACUGCGUCUCCGAGGAGUCCCUGGCAUGUGACAACCCUGGCUUGCCCGAAAACGGCUACCAGAUCCUGUACAAGCGGCUCUACCUGCCGGGAGAGUCCCUCACCUUCAUGUGCUACGAAGGCUUUGAGCUCAUGGGCGAAGUGACCAUUCGAUGCAUCCUGGGACAGCCAUCCCACUGGAACGGGCCCCUGCCCGUCUGUAAAGUUAAUCAAGACAGCUUUGAACACGCAUUAGAAGUAGCAGAAGCGGCAGCCGAGACAUCGCUGGAAGGGGGAAAUAUGGCGCUGGCUAUCUUCAUCCCAGUGCUCAUCAUCUCCUUACUGCUGGGAGGAGCCUACAUUUACAUCACCAGAUGUCGCUAUUACUCCAACCUCCGCCUGCCUCUGAUAUACUCCCACCCCUACAGCCAGAUCACCGUGGAAACUGAGUUUGACAACCCCAUUUACGAGACGGGGGAAACCAGGGAAUAUGAAGUUUCCAUUUAA